AUGCCCCCCUCAACACCCCGCCCCGCGGUCUCAGGCCCCGACACCGGCCCCGAAGCACCUUUCCCCAUUCGCCUCUCAGGACCUGUGAUCAAGGGCUUCGGAAGAGGUAGUAAAGAGCUCGGAAUCCCAACGGCAAACAUCCCAGUCGACGGACUGGAGGACGUCCUCCCCGCUGAACUAGGCGUCGGUGUGUACUUUGGUGUUGUGGCACUGGAUCCGGCCACUGCGCCGGGUGCGCCGGGGGAGACGGUAGAGCGGGAAGGAGAAGAGAAUGGAACGAAGAGCAGUAGCAAAGCGAAGAUUCUCCCCGCCGUGCUGAGUAUCGGGUAUAAUCCGUUCUAUAAGAACAAGACGCGGUCGAUUGAAAUCCACAUCCUCCCCUCCCUAACAUCUCCCUCGCCAACUGCUGAACCAGCCCCGGAAGAAAAGAAAGUAACAUUUAACAAACUGCCCGAUUUCUACGGGACGCGGCUCAAUUUGCUCAUGCUAGGGUAUAUCCGGCCAGAGUAUGACUAUGUGUCUGUUGAAGCGCUGGUUGAGGAUAUCCGGGUCGAUUGUGAGGUUGCGAGAGCGAGUCUGUUGAGGGGGGCUUAUCGGGUUUAUCUUGAUGAGGCUGAGGGGGGCGAUGGAGAUGAGAAGGUUCAGGCGGAGAGGGAGUGGUUAAGGAGUUUCGCGUGA